AGAGGGGACCCCUGAGCCCGGCUGCGAGAACUCCAUGAAGCAGGACGGGGCAGAGGUUCCCCCCAGCACAGCCGACCACUAAUUCCCAGAACAGCCCCACAGCACCUCCCUGCACUACCUGGGCCGGGCUCUGAGGACUGGGAGCACCGAGGAUGGGGAGACCCCGGGUUUUCCCCCAUAACCACUGUCUGCUCGUGCUGCUCCUCGCCGAGCUGAGCCUCGCCCAGUACGAGCACUGGCCCUACCUCCCUGGCUACCCUGAGCCCCCUCCCCAGGAGUACCAGCCCCCCCAGAGGCCGGCUGACGUGCCCAAAAUCCAGCUGAGGCUGGCGGGGCAGAAGAGGAAGCACAACGAGGGCAGGGUGGAGGUGUUUUAUGGGGGCGAGUGGGGCACCGUCUGCGACGACGACUUCUCCAUCCACGCCGCCCACGUGGUCUGCAGGGAGCUGGGCUAUGUGGAGGCCCUGUCCUGGCUGCCCAGCUCCAAGUAUGGCAAAGGGGAAGGGAAAAUUUGGCUGGACAAUGUGCACUGUACUGGCAAGGAGAGCACCCUGGCAGCCUGCACUUCCAAUGGCUGGGGAGUGAGUGACUGCAAACACACCGAGGACGUGGGAGUGGUCUGCAGUGAAAAGAGAAUCCCUGGCUUCAAGUUUGACAACUCACUGAUUAAUCAAAUAGAGCAGGAUUAA